AUGGCGUGGGCGCAUUCGGACGGCCCUGGGCGAUCCGCUCCUGGGCCGAGGCCGCCGAGGCGCGCGGCCCGAGGAGCGCAGGCGGUGGCCUCCAUGCCGAAGGCAAGGAAGAUGACCCUGCGGCAGUGGGCGAAGUACCUGUUCUCGGUCCACGGCGUCGCUGGCGUCGUGGCCGUUCUGGGAGGCAGCACGUGGACCACCGUCCGCCUCGCGCACGGCAUCCGCGAGGCGAGCCACUCGGAGGUGGUGUUCAACGUGGUCCUGAGCGCCGUCAUCCUGGUGACCGGGAUCCGGCGUCUCGGCACGAUGGGCAACAAGGACCUGGUGCUCAAGUUCUGGGUCGGCAUCUCCAUCCAGAUCUUCGCGCUCGUGCAGGUGCUGGAGGCCCCACUGCUGGGCUGGAUCCCGCACUCCAUAUUCGGGAACUGGAUUGCCCAGGUAUGGGGCGCGCUGUCGGUAUAUUUCUUUACGAAGUGGGUGUUGCAGAUCAAAAGGUGGAAUAGCGCGUACGAGACAAAGAGCGACAAGAUGGUCGCUCGAGUUUUCCACCCUCUCAUGGCUCCAGCCAUGGGGUCUGUUGUUGCCAUGGAAGUUGUCACCUUUCUCAACUUUGUCCAGCUCAAUUUCAGCACGGUGAGCGCUUGCCCGGCAGCAAAGGCGUUGUUCAUGGACUCGCAGCUGAUGUCGCUGGCAGUGAACAACGUAGCGCAGUUCACGCUGACGCUGUCGAAUCAGAGAGUGGUGAAGGACAUCAGCGGCCUUUUCUUCCUUCUCGGCGCAUUCGGCGCGGUGCAGUACAGCCUGCUGAUGUGGGUUCACAUGCACCAUCUCGGCCUCGCCGGCCUCAACGCAGUGCGGCUUGUCCCGUUGCUGUGCGGGGCUUGA